AUGAACGGUCCAUCAAUCAUUCGAGCUUCAUGGAAGGGAGACAUGUCACCGAAGCAGAAGGCUGCACGAAUGGAAGAAUGGGGACAAUUUCCUUUGCGCGAAUUGUCGGAUUUGGAGCGCUGGCUGGAGGCGAAGAGUGAUCAGUUCACGAUAGUGAGCGACGUUCGCGAUGCGCAGGGGACCAUUACAAUUGGGGCGAUCGAGUCCACGAACAGCGCAACACAGCGUCAGGAUUCUCGGCCUUCCAAUAUGUCUGGAAUGUUGAUCGGAACAGAUUCACCGGACAGCGAUCGAUUGGAUAGACAGGUAACCUCGUCGAACAUGCAAACCAAUCGUCAGCUGAGCGUAAACCCAGCUACUUCAGCCUUAACGGCUGGUAGAGUCUCCUGGGCCGAGACAUCGAGGCAUGGUCUGCCGGGACAGAUUCAGGCGUCUUCGGGCGAAGUUAUGAUCCCUGAGGAGGAGAACCAAAUAGGCAAGGCGGGACACUUAUCGAAAAUGCACCCAGUCAUAUACUUCUAG